AUGAGUUCCUUGAAGCGGACUCGGGAAGGUAAUGAUCUGCAUGACAUUCGGGCGUCCUUCCAGCGGGUAAGAGAGAAAACCGCACUGCGGCGGAGUGGGCCAUACUUUCUUGAGCGCAUUAUUUUCCCCCGCCUUCUCCAACCAAAUUACAGACUUGGUGGUGGGUUUCCGGAUCCGACGCGCUUGUGCUGCGAAAAGGGCACCGGGUCCCCCCAACGGCACGGGACACUUGCCCUGCCCCAAAGAAUUGAAGCUUCCGCGUGGCUUCGCCGGUUUCGGUUGUUGCGACUCCAUGACUUCCACAGGGUGGUGCCACAGGAUCAAGUGACAGGGACAUUAAGUUCCAUUACGGAUAUUGUGUUUGACAUGCAGGAGCAGUUUGCUGUGGCCUGCCAGGCGCGAUGCCUCUCUGUGUACAGCACAGAGCGAUGGCUUGAAAGUUGCGAGAUGUGUGAGGAGCCCAAUGAUGCCUCUCCAUUGGUUAGAGUGAAGGGGCGUGAGUGGCAUGGUUUUCGCAGUGGCUUUUCUGCAGUGCAAUUCCUCUCAUCAUCGCUGCAACUUGUAGCAGGUUACCACCGUGCCCCUUUUGUUGAUAUCUUUGACUUGGAAGAAGUGGACGAGGAAACCUGCGAGCCGCAACAACGCUUUUCUUUGACAGAAGACCACGUUGAUGUGCACGGAACUAGGGGCGGCGGCAACAGCAGCAGUAGGGCCAGUAUUGGCACGAAUACUGAAAGCAUCUAUGCAAAUGACGUGGUGGCCGUUACAGAACACGUUAGUUUGGCGGCACUUUCUUCUGGCCGCACGGUGUGGUUGGAUCGUCGCAGCGGUACGGCCAUCACAUGUACCGGUGCCUUUUCGCGAGUGUAUAACAUUGGGCAAAGAGGCUCUCUUUUUGCCCUUCAUGAUCCACUCACCGCUGUUGCAUUUCUCUGCCGUGAUCAUCCCAUCAACAUUUUGUGCGGCUCCAUGUCAGGGUCUGUGCAACUGUGGGAUGUGCGUUGCGUUCGUGAAUGUGUUGCCAUGCAUCAAGCACCUUCCACCAUCUGCCGUCUGCAGCCGUCCUACGCCUCAUCGCUGCGAAGUGUCGUGUGGCUCAACAACCAAGCGGGGGAUGUGCAGGGAAUAAAUGUGGGGCAUAGUGACAUGUGUCUGAUUGCAGAGGCAAGGUGUGCCGAUUUCAUGCAGACAACUGCGGCUUUUGAUUCACCGUCGUUGCGAAUUUCAGUGCUGGACCCACCGGGUCUCAUUGCCUUUCCUUACGCAUCCUCCAAUUUGUUGGUGCUCUUUGACGUGAGCGCGUUGAUGAAGCCGUCACUCUCCCCAACCGCACGCCAUAUGCCAGACAUUCAUGACGACAUGGACGACGCUGAUGAUGAUGAUGGACAACAUGCGCCAUUCUCGUCGUUGUCGCAUGGAAUUGAGGAGAGGCACAUGAUAUCGCCACCGUCCUCCCUGCAUGGGGGCGUGGUGUAUCAAAUACCGUGUAACAACCUCAUAAAAUUUGGACAGUCGCCAACAAUCUCCGCGUGUGGGAUAUGGACGAAGUGUGGGCGCAUCGUUUCUGGUGAUGCCAUGGGUUCUGUGUGGCUUGCGUGA